AUGCCGAGAUCGUCUAGCGAUGGAUACUUCAUGGGGCCGCGCGACCUCAGCCAUCACUCGAAGUUCCCGAUGAUGCUGCGACUCCACGGCAGCAUCACACCUAAGCUUGUUAUACCCGUUUUGCUGGUAGGCGGGUGGGCCACCGCCGUUACCUGCAUCUCGAAGCUUGUAUAUGACCUUGGGACCGACCAAGUCUUCAUCACCGUACUAGGCUUUGUCGUCAGUCUGGCCCUCAGCGUCCGCAGUUCUACCUCGAUGGACCGCUACUUCCAAGGUCGACAGCUCUGGGGGCGCCUCCGACUCGCAUCGCACAUCUUGGCUCGUCUGAUAUGGAUACACGCUGAAGAGAGGCAUGCUGCUGAUGCAGGGUUGGGGAAGCAAGAUCUACUCGGCAAGGUCGGCUGCCUGAACCUGAUUGUGGCUUUCGCUGUCGCAGUGAAACAUAAAUUGCGGUUCGAGCCAGGAACGCAUUACGAGGAUCUGAAGCACCUGGUCGGUCAUUUGGAUACCUUUGCGCAAGCAGCGGAUAUGCCUGCGCCCGACCCUCCGAGCGCUUUCAGGCGGACUUGUCAGCUACUCGGCAUGCCCAUGGCGACGCCCAACCCACGCAAACACGUCAAGCAAUCGCGCGUACCUCUCGGUGACCUACCCCUUGAGAUUUUAUCUCACCUCUCUGCGUACAUGAAAGUUCUAUACGACAACGGCACGUUGAGAGACUACAGCAUCUACCAAACCCAGACUUUGGACUCGCUGACAAUCAUGGACGAGGUGUCGUGUGGCACGGAGAGAAUCCUGAACACACCGCUUCCACUUGCGUACUCCAUCGCCAUAUCUCAGGUCACAUGGCUGUAUAUCCUGUUACUACCGUUCCAAUGCUACAACAGCUUAGGAUGGAUCACAAUUCCUGCAUGUGUGGUGGCAGCGUACAUUAUCCUGGGUAUCGCUUUCAUCGGCCGUGAGAUCGAAGACCCUUUCGGACACGACGUCAAUGACCUACCACUCGACGCCUUCUGCCAGCAAAUCCGCCAAGACCUUGACAUUAUCAUGUCGCGCGUUGCACCUCUCGUCAAUGACUUUAUGGGUCGUGAAGAAAACAUGCCGCUGUAUCCCCUUUCGUAUCUGAGCACGAGAGCAUGGGCAAACAAGUCGCCAGAUGAGAUACAUGUCGCUUUGUCGCAGAAGGUAGGUCUCCACCAUCCAAUGGUUGAGCGCGGUGAGAAUCCAGCGACACCUACGCAAGGAAGACUAGCCGGCGUGGAUGGCUGGGUUGAGAAGGGCGGAUCAGGACCGAUCGACACGACAAGUCAUUAUAGAAGGAAGUACGGAAGUGUUUAG